AGAGAGAGAGAGAGAGAGAGAGAGAGAGAGAUUCAGUGUAUCGCCAAAUUGCGAACCACUCUGACCUGAUCAGUCCAGUUCGGUUCCGUUCAGUUCAGUUCGAUUUGCGAACCGGUUCACUGAGAAGAAUCACACAUCUCUACUGGAAGAGCCAUCUGAGGAGGAGAAGCGCAUCUGGAGACAAUAGAAGCGAAUGCGGCGCUGAUCGAGGGCUGUGCCGUGAAAACACAGGGAUAUGGAGAUGAUGGAGCGCUGAAUCUGGAUAUAUUUCCCGUUAUAUUUCAGCUGUGAGAUCUAAGAGGAAAGAUGAAUUCUGCUGAGGCGGCUGAGGACGGACCCAAUGAUUCAGAUACGGAUUCGUUCUUCAAAACAGGGUCUUUCAGGAGUGAAUGCAUUAAAGCAUCUGAUGUUCUUCCUGUGCUGAGAGAGAAAAUAGCAUUUGUUUCAGGAGGCCGUGAUAAGCGAGGCGGCCCCAUCUUGACGUUCCCUGCCCGUAGUAACCAUGACCGAAUAAAACAAGAGGACCUGAGACGACUUGUCACAUACCUGUCCACUGUGCCCAGUGAGGAUGUGUGUAAGAGGGGCUUUACUGUGAUUAUUGAUAUGCGUGGCUCUAAGUGGGAUCUGAUAAAGCCGUUACUGAAGACCCUGCAGGAAGCUUUUCUGGCUGAGAUCUGCGUGGCUCUCAUCAUCAAACCAGACAACUUCUGGCAGAAACAGAAAACCAACUUUGGCAGUGCCAAGUUCACCUUUGAGACUAGCUUGGUGUCCGUUGAGGGUUUGACCAAGCUUGUGGACUCAUCUCAAUUAACGGACGACUUUGAGGGCUCUCUUGAGUAUAAUCACGAGGAAUGGAUCGAGCUCCGAGUGGCUCUGGAGGAGUUCCUGGCCAGCGCCAUUCACCUCCUCUCUCGCCUGGAGGACCUGCAGGAGAUGCUGGCCAAGAAGGAGCUCCCGGUGGACGUGGAGGACUCGCGGCGACUCAUAGACGAGCACACCAAGCUGAAGAAGAAGGUGAUGAAGGCUCCAGUGGAGGAGCUGGACCAUGAGGGUCAGCGCCUGCUUCAGUGCAUCCGCUCCAGUGACGGCUUCUCAGGGAGGAACUGUAUCUCUGGCAGUGCUGACUUCCAGAGCAUAGUUCCAAAGAUCGCCAGUCUGCUGGAUAAACUCCACAGCACCAGACAGCACCUGCACCAGAUGUGGCAUUUGAGGAAGCUGAAGCUGGACCAGUGUUUCCAGCUUCGACUGUUCGAACAGGACGCAGAGAAGAUGUUUGACUGGAUCAGUCACAAUAAGGAGUUGUUUCUUCAGAGUCACACAGAGAUUGGUUUGAGUUACCAGCACGCUGUGGAGCUGCAGACACAACACAACCACUUUGCCAUGAACUCUAUGAAUGCAUAUGUGAACAUAAACCGCAUCAUGUCGGUAGCGUCGCGGCUGUCGGAGGCGGGUCACUACGCAUCACAGCAGAUCAAACAGAUCAGCACGCAGCUCGAUCAGGAGUGGAAGAGUUUCGCCGCCGCUCUCGAUGAACGCAGCACCAUCCUCGCCAUGUCUGCUGUCUUCCAUCAGAAAUCUGAACAGUUUCUGUCCGGUGUGGAAGCAUGGUGUAAGAUGUGCAGUGAAGGUGGUUUGCCAACUGAGAUGCAGGAUCUGGAAUUGGCCAUUCACCAUCAUCAGACGCUCUAUGAACAGGUCACACAGGCAUAUACGGAGGUGAGUCAGGAUGGUAAAGCUCUGCUGGAUGUUCUUCAGCGUCCAUUAAGUCCUGGUAAUGCAGAGUCUCUGACAGCCACAGCCAACUACUCUAAAGCCGUGCACUGCAUCCUGGACGUGGUGCAUGAGGUGUUGCAUCAUCAGAGGCGACUGGAGAACAUCUGGCAGCACCGCAAGGUCCGUCUGCAUCAAAGACUGCAGCUCUGCGUCUUCCAGCAGGAUGUCCAGCAGGUGAUUGACUGGAUAGAGAAUCAUGGGGAGGCAUUCCUCAGUAAACACACAGGUGUGGGGAAAUCGCUGCACAGAGCCAGAGCCCUGCAGAAACGUCAUGACGACUUUGAGGAGGUCGCACAGAACACUUACACCAAUGCUGAUAAACUCCUGGAAGCGGCCGAGCAGUUGGCCCAGACGGGGGAGUGUGACCCGGAGGAGAUCUAUAAGGCGGCACGACAGCUGGAGGUCAGGAUCCAGGACUUCGUUAGGAGAGUCGAGCAGAGAAAACUACUGCUGGACAUGUCUGUCUCCUUCCACACGCACACCAAAGAGUUGUGGACUUGGAUGGAGGAUCUGCAGAAGGAGCUGUUGGAGGAGGUGUGUUCCGACUCUGUUGAUUCAGUUCAGGAGCUCAUCAAACAGUUUCAGCAGCAGCAGACGGCCACACUAGAGGCCACUCUCAAUGUCAUCAAAGAGGGAGAAGACCUUAUACAACAACUCAGAGACUCAGCGAUGAGCAGUAAUAAGCUGCCACACACGAGCUCUAUCGCUCAUAUUGAGAGUGUGCUACAGCAGCUGGACGAGGCGCAGGGACACAUGGAGGAGCUCUUCCAUGAGAGGAAGAUCAAACUCGACAUCUUCCUGCAGCUGCGCAUCUUUGAGCAGUACACCAUCGAGGUAACAGCAGAGUUAGAUGCGUGGAAUGAAGAUCUGGUGCGUCAGGUGAGCGACUUCACCGCAGAAGAGCCCAGUCUGGCUGAGCAGAGAUUGCAGCGACACGCAGAGAGAAAACUGGCCAUGAACAACAUGACCUAUGAGGUUAUGCAACAGGGUCAAGACCUGCACCAGUACAUCAUGGAGGUCCAAGCUUCAGGUAUUGAGUUGAGUGGUGAGAAGGAGGUGGACCUGGCCACUCAGGUUCAAGAGCUGUUGGAGUUUCUUCAUGAGAAACAGCAUGAGCUGGAUGUGAGUGCAGAACACACACACAAACGUCUGGAGCAGUGUGUGCAGCUACGCCACCUACAGGCUGAGGUUAAACAGGUUCUGAGUUGGAUUCGUAAUGGCGAGUCCAUGCUGGAUGCCAGUAUGGUGAACGCAAGUUCACUGUCAGAGGCCGAACAACUACAGAGAGAACAUGAACAGUUCCAGCUCGCAAUAGAGUCUUUGUUUCACGCUAACUCUCUGCAGAAGACUCAUCAGAGUGCACUACAGGUGCAGCAGAAGGCAGAGCUGAUGUUACAGGCUGGACACUAUGACCCCGAGGCCAUCCGCAGCUGUGCUGAGAAGGUGGCAGUGCACUGGCAGCAGCUCAUGCUGAAGAUGGAGGACAGACUGAAGCUAGUCAAUGCCUCUGUGGCCUUCUACAAGACAUCUGAACAGGUUUGUAGUGUGUUGGAGAGUCUGGAGCAGGAGUACCGGCGGGAUGAAGAUUGGUGUGGAGCUCAUGAUAAACUGGGAUCUUCAGCAGAGAUGGAUCAUAUUCUUCCACUUAUCAGCAAACACCUGGAGCAGAAAGAGGCUUUUCUCAAGGCUUGUACUCUGGCCAGACGCAAUGCUGAGGUUUUCCUCAAAUAUAUCCACCGAAAUAACGUCAGUUCUCAGGGCUCGUCUGGCAACACCCGUGGCCCUGAGCAACAGGUCAAAGCCAUCCUGAAUGAACUGCUGCAGAGGGAGAACAGAGUUCUGCAUUUCUGGACGAUGAAGAAGCGAUGUUUGGAUCAGUGUCAACAGUAUAUAGUGUUUGAACGCAGUGCCAAACAGGCAUUAGAGUGGAUAGAAGAGGCUGGAGAGGUCUACCUCACAACGCACACCAGCCCUGGAGACUCAGUGGAGAAAACUCAGGAACUGCUGAAAGAGUAUGAAGAGUUCCGCAUCUCUGCCAAGCAAACUAAGGAGAAAGUGAAGAUGUUGAUCCAGUUGGCAGAUAAUUUUGUGGAGAAGGGACACAUGCAUGUCACCGAGCUGAAGAAAUGGGUGUCGACAGUGGACAAGCGUUACAGGGAUUUCUCCCUGCGUAUGGGCAAAUACCGCUGCAGUCUGGAGAACACGCUGGGCAUCAGCUCUGAGGAUAAUAAGGAUCUGGAGUUGGAUAUCAUUCCUGCCAGUCUGACUGACACCGAGGUCAAACUGCGUGACCCCAACCAUGAGAUGAAUGAGGAGAAGAGGAAAUCAGCCCGCAAGAAAGAGUUUAUAAUCGCAGAGCUGUUACAGACAGAAAAAGCCUAUGUGAGGGACUUACAUGAAUGUUUAGAGACAUAUCUGUGGGAGAUGACCAAUGGAGUGGAGGAAGUACCUUCAGGAAUUGCCAAUAAAGAACACAUCAUCUUCGGAAACAUUCAGGAGAUUUACGACUUCCACAAUAAUAUAUUUCUAAAAGAGCUGAUCAAUUAUGAGCAGUUACCAGAGGAUGUGGGCCAUUGCUUUGUCACAUGGGCUGAUAAGUUUAAUAUUUAUGUCACGUAUUGCAAAAAUAAACCAGAUUCAAGUCAACUCAUUCUGGAACAUGCUGGGAGUUUUUUUGAUGAGAUACAGAAAAGACAUGGUCUGACCAACUCUAUAUCAUCAUACCUCAUCAAACCUGUGCAGAGAAUCACCAAAUACCAGCUGCUGCUCAAGGAGCUGCUGUCCUGCUGUGAAGAGGGCAAAGGUGAAAUUAAAGACGGGCUGGAGGUCAUGCUGAGUGUGCCAAAGAGAGCCAACGAUGCAAUGCAUGUCAGCAUGCUAGAGGGUUUCGAUGAGAAUCUGGAUGUCCAUGGUGAACUCAUUCUGCAGGACACCUUCCAGGUGUGGGACCCCAAAUCGCUGAUCCGUAAGGGACGAGACCGACACCUCUUCCUGUUCGAGAUCUCCCUCGUCUUCAGUAAAGAGAUUAAAGACUCGGCGGGACGAUCUAAAUACAUAUUCAAGAACAAACUACUGACGUCUGACUUGGGUGUAACAGAGCAUGUGGAGGGCGACCCAUGUAAAUUUGCUCUCUGGGUUGGACGCACACCCUCAUCAGACAACAAAACUGUCUUAAAGGCAUCUAGUAUCGAGGUGAAGCAAGAAUGGAUCAAGAAUAUACGUGAGGUCAUUCAGGAAAGAAUCAUUCACCUAAAGGGGGCGCUAAAGGAGCCAAUCCACGCUCCCAAAACCCCUGUCAAACCCCGCAACAACAGCAAGAGGGAUGUCGGUGAGGAUGUAGACAGUCAGGGUGAUGGCAGCAGUCAGCCGGACACCAUCUCCAUUGCCUCCAGAACCUCUCAAAACACUGUGGACAGUGACAAGCUCUCUGGAGGAUGUGAGUUGACGGUGGUCAUGCAGGAUUUCGUGUCGGGCAGUGCAUCUGAGCUCAGUAUCCAGACAGGUCAGACUGUGGAGCUGUUAGAGCGGCCCAGUGAGCGUCCGGGCUGGUGUCUGGUGCGGACCACCGAUCGAACCCCUCCUCAGGAGGGACUGGUCCCCAGCAGUGCUCUGUGUAUCUCUCACUCUCGCAGCAGUGUGGAGAUGGACUGCUUUUUCCCAGCAGGCAAAGAGAACUUUACAGUUAGCGGUCCAGAAGGGAAGACGGAAUCCGUGACCACAUUGCAGCCGCAGGCAUCACUGAACUCCCUGCAAAGCAGUUCACCAGGACCCAAGCGCUCUGGGAAUACACUGAAGAAGUGGCUGACCAGCCCUGUCCGGCGCCUCAGUCACGGCAGCAACAUUAAGAAGAUCCCCAGCAAACAGAAGCAGAAACGAGAUGGACGCAAGAGCAUCGACCUGGGGCCGCCCGAACUACAGGACGACACUCUAGAGGAGAGAGUGCGUAAAGAAGAGGGAACACUCUCCAAAUCUUCUUUAGGCAUGCACAGCGGAGGAGAGGAGGAACCUGAGGACGAGUCCCACACCCCGCUGCCUCCACCCAUGGAGAUCAUCAAAGACCCCUCUGCUCAGGAAGAAAAGUCGUCUGUGCUUUUGGCUUCUCGACAGUAUUCGGUUGACGUCCCCAGCGCUGCUGAGCUCGUCAGUGCUAUAGAGAAACUGGUUAAAACUAAGAUGACGCUGGAGUCGGGGUCUUACCUAGGAAUUAGUUUAGCGAACACAGCAGACCAGAGCCCAACGCCACCCAGAAACCCUGAACUGGAGCAGAAAGCCAAAGCACUGCGGGGACGCAUGUUUGUUCUGAAUGAAUUAAUUCAGACAGAACAAGAUUAUGUGAAGGAUUUAGGUAUCGUGGUGGAGGGUUUUAUGAAGACAAUAGAGGAGAAAGGAGUUCCUGAUGAUAUGAAAGGAAAAGACAAGAUCGUCUUUGGAAACAUUCACCAAAUCUACGACUGGCACAAAGAUUUCUUUGUGGGUGAACUGGAAAAAUGUCUUGAAGAUCAUGAAAAGCUGCCCGGACUGUUCAGUAAACAUGAGAGAAGACUACACAUGUAUGUGAUUUACUGCCAGAACAAACCCAAAUCUGAAUUUAUCGUUGCAGAGUAUGAUUCAUACUUCGAGGGGAUUCAGCAAGACAUCAACUCCAGACUAAGCAUCAGUGAUUUUCUCAUUAAGCCCAUUCAGAGAAUCACCAAAUACCAACUGUUAUUAAAGGACUUCUUGAAAUACAGCUCAAAGGCUGGACUGGAUUGUCAGGAUAUAGAGAAAGCAGUAGACCUGAUGUCCCAAGUGCCCAAGCUGUGCAAUGACAUGAUGAACCUGGGAAGACUGCAGGGAUUUGAGGGUAAGUUGACGAGUCAGGGCAAGCUCCUGCAGCAGGAGACGUUCUUCGUGACGGAGCAGGAUUCGGGCGUUUUGUCCCGGAGUAAAGAGCGCAGAGUCUUCCUCUUCGAGCAGAUCGUCAUCUUCAGUGAGCUCUUACGCAAAGGCUCGUCCACGCCAGGAUAUCAGUUUAAAAAGAGCAUCAAGGUGAGCUACCUUGGUCUAGAAGAGCAUGUUGAAAACGACCCGUGUAAGUUUGUGCUGUCGUGUCGUGGGUCAGCCGAGCAUUUUACCCUACAGGCGGCAAACACAGACAUUAAACAGCUGUGGGUUCAACACAUCACUGAUCUACUGGACUUACAGAGCAACUUCCUGUCAGCUCUGCAGUCUCCCAUCGAGUAUCAGAAGGAGCGGAGCGGCUCUCAGUCUCUGACCCGUAACUCAUCCAGCAGUGGGCGUGCGGGUCAGUCCAACAGCCGGCCCAGCUCUACUGCAUCACUGGGAGCAGAGAAACCCACUCUGCCCGGACGGAGCUCCACCCCACUGAAGCUACCUACCUCGAACGGCAGCUCCUGCCAUGACUUAUACCACUCCCCCAGGCAACAUGACAGUGUGGGUUGUAAUGGUACAUCCUCCUUGAUGGUGACUCAGGACUAUAAUGCACUGAAAGAAAACGAGAUCUGUGUCACGCAGGGCGAGACGGUGCAGAUACUGGCCACUAACCAGCAAAACAUGUAUCUGGUGUACCGUCCCGCGAACAGCCAAUCACCAGCAGCUGAGGGCUGGGUGCCGGGACACGUCCUUGGCCCGGUUAUGAAACCCCUCAAAGACACUACUGCAGACCCAAACAUCAAGAAGUCUCUGUCAUGGAACACGCUUCGUGCUCGCAAGUGUGCUGCGAAGAACAGUACGCCGCUCAAAAGUGACAUUAAGGUUGAGAAUGGACUGCGUAAGCCUAAAGACAUUCUCAGCAGCAAGGUCACUGUAAAAGAGACCCGCAGCUCAGAUGAGUCCGACUGUGAAGAUGACCUAGACCCCAAAACUAGUAUGGAGUUGUUGAACCCUAAUUUCAUCCAAGAGGUGGCUCCAGAGUUCCUGACCCCUCUAGCAGACGUGACGUGUGCUCUGGGGGAGACGGUGGUGCUGUGCUGUAAAGUGUGCGCUCGACCCAAACCCACCAUCACACUGAAAGGACCCGAUCAAAGUCUGCUGGUCAACAACAACAGAUUUACUAUCAACAUCAGGGAUACAGGUGAUAUAGUGUUGAAAAUCUGUAAUUUGAUGCCGCAGGACACUGGCAUCUACACCUGUGUGGCUGUUAAUGAGCACGGCACUUCCUCAUCAUCUGCCUCUAUUAAAGUACAAGGUAUCCCAGCAGCCCCUGCUCGGCCUGUGGCACAGGAAGCCAGCAGCACAGCUGUGAUCGUCCACUGGCUUCCUCCAUCCAGCUCAGGAAACUCUGCCAUCUCCAGCUACACUGUGGAGUACAGACAGGAAGACUCUCUGGUGUGGCAGCAGUCGGUGGUCUCCACUGCAGAUGUGUGUGUGAAGAUUGAGAAUCUGAUUCCUGGUGGGCAUUAUCAGUUCAGGGUCAGUGCCAGUAACCCCUGGGGCAUCAGCCCACCCAGUGAACCCUCAAACAUGGUGACGUUACCCAGCACAGCCUCGAUAUAUGAUGGCACUGGAAUCCAGUGGAAAGACAACUUUGAAUCUGCGUUCACAGAAAUAUGUGAAAUUGGACGGGGUCGUUUCUCUGUGGUCAGGAGGUGUUUGAGUAAAUCCAGUAAGAAGGAGGUUGCUGUGAAGUUUGUCAAUAAGAAGAUGCAAAAGAAAGAGCAGGUGGCCCAUGAAGCUGAUAUCCUGCGUCACGUCCAACAUCCACAGCUGGUGGCGCUAGUUGACACCUAUGAAUUGCCCACAGCAUACAUGCUGGUUCUUGAGCUAGUUGAGGAUGGUCGUCUGUUGGAUUAUCUGGUGGCUCAUGAUGAGUUAAUGGAGGAGAAGGUGGCUUUUUUCAUUAAAGACACACUGGAAGCUCUGCAGCACCUGCAUACCUGCAGAGUCGCUCAUUUGGACCUCAAGCCUGAAAACCUGUUGGUGGACCUGCACGUGCCAGUACCCUGCGUGAAGCUUACAGAUCUGGGUGAUGCUGUGCAGAUCUCGGCUCACCGCUAUGUGCAUCUGCUCCUGGGGAACCCUGAGUUUGCUGCUCCUGAGCUCAUACAGGGCACUCCAGUGUCCCUUACCACAGAUGUGUGGAGCGUGGGGGUGCUGGCAUAUGUCAUGCUCAGCGGUGUCUCACCGUUUCUGGAUGAGAGUCUGGAGGAGACCUGCGUCAACAUCUGCAGGCUGGACUUUUGUUUUCCUGAAGAGUACUUCUGCGGGGUGAGCCAGGCCGCCAGAGACUUCAUUGUGUCCAUGCUUCACCAGGACCCCCGUAAGAGACCGAGCUCAGCCACAUGCCUGCAGCACCCGUGGGUCAGUGCUCACAGCGGAGAUUACUCCAAAACGCCGCUGGACACUGCCAGACUCGCUGCAUUCAUAGACAGACGCAAACAGCUACAUGAUGUCAGACCGGUAACUAAUGUUAAAGGACUAGUCAGCAGCAGUAUGGGUCACACAUUAUGAAACAAGUCAAGACUGAAGUCAUUUACAUGAUAUCAUUUCAGAUGUGCACUUACAUGAUGUUUCCUACAGAGUGGAACUUCUUUAAGAAAUAUUAUGGGUUCAAAACAUGUAAAGCUUAAUCAAAAGCAUUUUUGGCAUAGUGCUGAUUACCACAGAAAUUUAUUUAGACUCAUCUCUCAUUUAUAUACAUAUAUAUAUAUAUAUAUAUAUAUAAAAAAAGAAAAAGAAAAAAAAAAAGCAGUUACAGUAAGUCACUUAGAAGUGAAUGAAAAUACACACCAUUUCAAAGACCUAAAUGUUUUAAGACGUAAAUGUUCUAUGUGUUAUCAUGGAAUGUAUGUGUAUUGUAAUGGCAAUAAAGUUGUAAAAUUGGAUAUAACUUUACACAGAAAAGGUUAGUAAGCACUUUUAUCACACUAAAAUCAUGUUGACACUAUGACUUGUGGCUAUACUUUUGAAACAGUGAGUAUUUCAGCAUUUACAGAUUGGCCCCAUGCACUUCCAUUGUAAAUACCUCAAUGUAACCCAGAUUUUUUGCUUUAUUUUUUGUGGAAAUCAACAAUAUGCCACUAAUGCUGCUAAUUGAGCUUGACUUAUAUUGAACCCGGAAUAUUUCUUUAAAUGCGGCCUGGGAGAUAAACACUUUUAAAGGAAAUCAUAUGGAUUUGUGGGAUGCUGGAAUUCCGGGCAGAGCUACUGAAGGGAUAGUGACAUCAAUGAACCUCAUAAUUAGGGUUUUAGGAUGAUGUUUUUUGAGCUUUGCUAGUCCUAAACAGACCUGUAGUUCAGUAUUGUUUUAUGAUCAGUUGUUUUGGAAAGUAUUAAAGGGAUAGUUCAAUCAAAAAUGUAAAUUCUUUCAUCAUUCACUCAAUUUGUUCCAAAUCUGUACUUCUAUUUUUUUCAAAUCUGUACUGACUUUCUUCUGUGGAACACUAAAUAUGUUGUUUGGCAGAAUGUUAAAAGUGAUCUUUUCCAUACAAUAAAAGUGAGUGGGGACUGAGGCUGUCAAUCUCUAAAGGCAUCAGUGCAGUCAUGGCGAAUUCCCUCUUCGUUCUUUGCUCAGAGCUAGAUAAAAGGUACACUAUUUGUGAACAUUUGGACACUACCCAUGCCACUGGGGGAGGCGUUUAGCAUUUAAAUAUGACACGCUGUCCUACAGACUACAUCUACAACAUCAACCAAUAUGACAUUAAAAUGUGUUAUCAGUGACUUUAUGCCUCAUUCUAUAAACAGAAUCCACAUGUGAUCAGUGAAAAAAGCUGUUUAACCAACUGAUGAUUGUUGAAAGAUAUAUGCGGUAGAUAAUGUGUAAUUUGUCAUGUUUACAUUCUGCAUUGAUGGCGCUAAUGCUAACAUGCUAUACCUGGACUUCAUAUGCACCGGUUACCAUUUGUUAUUGUAUUUUAUAUAAAUAGAAUCCACAUAUUAUCAUGAGAAAGUUUCUUUUACUUGUUUUUUUAAAGAAAGACAUUGAUAAUACUGUACUGGUGUAUGAAAACGGAUUGUGUAUAAAAUGGUGGUAACUCUGCACUCCAAUCCCAGAUAGCACACAUACAUCUAAAUAUCUGGAAAGCACCACAAUCUAAUAAUGCUAAACAUCUUAAAACAUACUAAAUCAUAAACAUCUUGAAGACAUCUGCUGAAUGUCUCAACAUCCGAGACAUACUUAUUGACAUACGUCUUAUAAAUGUAUUGCAGAUGAGCAAACAACAUUAAAAAUACGUCCUCCAGAUGUAAACACACACAUCAAAUAGAUGUUUGGGUGAUGUAUGUGUGCUAUCUGGGAUGUAUUCAUGUUAACUUAUCUUGAUUGAGUUCCACACUUACAAAAAAAUCUAGAGUUCUGGCAAACUUGCUGGAAAAAUCUGAUGAGUGGCAAAUCUGCGGCAAGUUUGCCACAAAGGUUUGGCAGAACACAUGAUUUUUGUAAGUGUGAAAAUAUUAACCGGAAAUAGAUGCUGGCGUCAAAGUAUGGUAGGUGGAGCACCGGAUCACACCCUACGAUGACGUGAACCAAUGGCAGUAAGUAGGUGUUUAACAGGCAGUAUUAAGGCAGUAUUUGAAAGGAAAGGAAAGAAAAAAAGUUAAUGCUGGCAAUCUGUUUCAAACCACUGCAACAAACUUAAAAGCACCUUCUAUUUUUGCCAGAUUUUGUUCGAAAUCACGUCACACCCGUUCGUUCUUCAAUUUUUCUAUAAGUAUAUUGGUGUCUUUAAAAGGACAAAAAGCACCAUGAAAGGCUGCUGACAUCAUACAAUAGUUUUGUGUGUGGAACAGACCAGACCAGAUAAGUUCAUAUUCACCAAAACAUUUUGCCCUCCGCUGUAUCUCAUAAAUGUUAUUUGACUUCACUUAUAUUCAAAUAUGCUGCAUGAAGUCACCUCACACUAGAUGUGAUGUCAAUAAUGCUUAACGUUACUGCUUGUCACACGACGAUCAGAACACAGCAGUUGGAAAACAGAGCUUCAUAAGACUCGGAAUAUAGUGCAUGAGCCGUAUGGAAUACUUUUAUUUUAUAGAGCUCAACAUCAUCAGUCCCCAUUCAAUUUCAUUGCAUGCACAUUUUGAUAACAUCCGUCAGAAGAAAGAAAGCCAUGCAGGUUUGGAACGACAUGAAGGUUCCACUUUUGGGUGAACUAUUCCUUGAAUUAAUUGUGGUCAGUUGAAAGCAAGAAAGUCAAAGUUGUAUAGAAAGUGUUUGAGGAGUUAUCCAUUAUCUUUGAUUCAGCAGAUCUAUUUUUCACAAAUUCACCAAGCUAAAAGGAUGUACAAUAUUACAGGUAAGAAUUAUUGUACAAAUAUAACUGCAUGUAGAAAGAAUUGAACGUCCACCAUGUAAAAUCAGUUUGCGAAGUCUGACCUCAUGAUUUGAGAUUCAUCACCAAUGUAGAUUAUUUAGUGGGGCAGUUUUUAGCCAAUUCUGAAUGUCAUUAAAUAGAAUAUGAUGAAUUGUUCCAAGAAUGUUUGUGAUUGUAUUUCUGUUUCUUUAUUUGAAUGUUGUUGUUUCAGUUAACUUGAGCAGUUUAAGUUCAGCACUUAUUUAUUUCAUUUCAACGAAAUCCCUACACAAUGUCCAGGUAGAACCCCAAAGCCUUAAACUCUGUUUAUUUAUUAUUUUUAACAUAUUGAUGUAUUGUAGGAAUGUCCAGGUAUUUCAUGUGUUAUUAAAUAAGACAUAUUUACAUUUGA